CGUGGUUCAGCGGCUCUGUCAAAUUGAGCUGCGAUGCGUCAACCCGGUGAAUCACCGGCACCGAGGAGGAGGAUAACGAAAGAAGGAGAGACAUGGAUGGAAAGGAGGGGAGGAAGAGGAGAAAGGGGUAGAAAAAGAGCAGGAGGAGGUAGGCUACAAAAAGGCUCCGCCGUCAUUCAGUCUGUCACACAGACCACACACACCAAGUCAGCGGAGCGUCAAUAUUUAAACGUCACCCUUUAAUAUAAUCAAUAUACCCAUUUAUAGGAUUACCAUCACGUGCAUUUUUCCUUCAUCUUCUUUAGAGUUGUGUGAGGAAGGGCGAACUAAUCUACAAGAGGAGAGAAGACAUUAUUAUCGGUUUAUUUCAGCUCUAAAAUUCACCGGUGGAUGAACUUGUGAGAGCGAACUGAACGGAAUAAAACGAUUUGGAGAAAAUGAAAAGGUUUUGCGGAGUCAAUCAACAUCAGCUCGUCUUGCUAUUGGCUGCUGCCAUGGCAACAGCCCUGGAUCCUUCACACAACCUGGCAAGUGAGAGGAGUUCGAUAGAAAGCACGUACGAGCUGACCAAAUACCUGGAGUAUCAGCUCAAGGAAAUCAAAGACAUAUAUCUGACCUACCUAGGCCCCCCAUUCAAUGAGAAAGACUUCUCCCCUCCUCGACCCAACAGUACCGCUCUGUCCCUGCCCAGCGCCGCCACCCGCCUGGAGCUGUGGCACGGCCUGGAGAACCAAGCUCGGCUCGCCCAGAACCAGAAGGCCUACUCUGUCCUGCUGGCAGCCGUCAGGGAGUUGGCCCGCUCCACCCUCUGCCCCGCCCUCAAGACAUCCCUACUGCACUUUUGCACAGGCCUGGAUGGGCUGCUGGGCUCCAUAUCCGCACUGAUGACCACCCUUGGUUACGCACUUCCUCCACCAUCUGCAAACAUGGAAAGUAAUGCUGGAGAGCUGCAGUACCCUCAGAGGGGGGUAGGGGGCGACCGACCUGUUCCACUGAUGAGCCAGAGCCUUUACAGGUCCAGAGCUGGGACGAGGACAGAGUCCGGUCAGCGUAACAACCAAAGAAGAAGCAGGACAAGGGUGGUCAGAGGAGAGAGGGAGGACGGCGUCACCGUAGACCUGGUGGAAAAAAGGAGAGGGAAAGAAGGAAGGAGAGUGGAGGCGACCGCAGCUGGAGAAAGGAGUGGCGGAUCGAUGGAGAAGGGAAGAAGAGAAAGAGGAAGGCGAGGGAGGAGGGAAGAGCUGGAGAGUGGGAAAUGGACUGCCAGCGAAGAAGAGAGAGUAGCGGAGGAAGAAGAGGAGGAGCUGGAGCAUGAGGGAGGGGCGGAGAGAUGGGGAAGGAGAAGGUUAUUGAGUAUCAAUGAGGUUGUUGAGGAGAAGGAGAGGCAGCCUGAACCCAGGGUAGAAGUUUCAUACCCGGGCACAAGAGGCUCCAGCUCCCUUCAACAACCGACCAUCCAAACCAACAACAACAACAAUCAAUACAGCUACAACAAGAACUCACAUCACAUAAACGCACUCAGAAAAGAAGAUGGAUUUAUUGUAGAGAGAAGCAGAGGGUUAAUGUUGGAGGGGGAGAAGCAAACAGAAAUGGAAGCUACCUCCUCUUCCUCCACUUUCCAUCUUCAGCGUCGGCCUCCUCGCUCCCUCCUCUCCCCUACACUCCAAGCUCCUCUGUCAACCCUCUCCCUGCUCUACCAGUUCGGAGCAGGCGAGGAGCACACCCUCCUCUCCCAGCCCGUCCCUCUGUCUUUACAAAGGGGCACCUCCCUCCUUUCGCCUCCCCUGACUCCGCUCCUUUCCUCCACCUCCUCUGCCUCUUCUUCGCUUUUGUCAGUGCGGCCGACGAUGAACGACUUUGCCAAAAAGGUGGAGGGGUUUUGGAUAUUGAGAGAGCUGCAGAGUUGGCUGUGGCGGUCGGCGAAGGACUUUAACCGCCUCAAGAAAAGACUCAGAGGCUGAGACAUUGAGACACACAAGUGCAGUAUAUCAGAAAUCUAUUAUUUGCACACAAUAACUGGAAGUGGAAACAAAUUAAGAGCUUGAACAGACAAAAGCACAAACCCACACUCAUGCUUAACACAUUCAUUCAUACCGUACUGGAAUAAGUGAAUGAAGGACUAUUUGGCAGGUCACCAGAAGAGCUAAUGGAAUAUAACACACACAAAGCCAACACAUUACCAGCACUGUCACCCGCCUGAUGCACACAGCAGCUCAUUGAGCGAGACACACUGAGACUGGUUACCGGACUUCACGACUCAUAGUUCAACAGAAAUACCACUGUAGGUGGUUAGACA